AGGAGCAUAGCGUCUCCCCGCCGCCAUCUUGUCUGUUGUGUUGUUGAGGACCGUCCGCUGUGGACAAGCGGGAUGUGCGCAGGUCUGUGUGGUUGAGUUCAAACCUGCGGGGUCAUGAUGACUGGCGGCAGCGACUUCCACAAGAACUACAACAAGGAGCCGGAGUGUCCGAUGGAGGUGGAGUCCGGCCUCAUGGAGCCCGAGCGGGGGGAGCUGGACUCCAGCGUCCCGGCCGCCUGCUCCUCGAACGGCAGCGGCGGGGAGGAGGACGAGGCGGAGGCCGUCGGCCGCGGCAGGCAAGCCGGGGGCUCGAGUAGUCUGCACACGCCGGGCGGAGGCUUCUGCGGCGGCAGAGAGCAAGAAGUGUCGGUGGAGAUCGGAGAAACGUAUUUAUGUCAAAGAGCCGAUAAAACAUGGCACACAGCUGAGGUGAUCCAGUCCAGACUGAACGAGCAGGAGGGCAGAGAGGAGUUCUAUGUUCACUAUGUGGGAUUCAACCGGCGCCUGGACGAGUGGGUGGGGAAGGCCCGGCUGGCGCUCACCAAGACGGUGAAGGACGCGGUGAGGAAGAGCACGGAGAUCGGAAUAGUCGGGGACUUGGGCGACCAGCCGGAAAGGAAGAUCACACGCAACCAGAAGAGGAAGCACGAUGAGAUCAACCACGUGCAGAAGACGUACGCAGAGAUGGACCCAACGACAGCUGCACUGGAGAAGGAGCAUGAGGCGAUCACUAAAGUGAAAUACGUGGAUAAGAUCCAGAUUGGAAACUUUGAGAUCGAUGCCUGGUACUUCUCACCGUUUCCAGAGGAUUACGGGAAACAGCCCAAACUGUGGAUCUGCGAGUACUGUCUCAAAUACAUGAAGUAUGAGAAGACCUUCAGGCAUCACCUGUCCAAUUGUCAGUGGAAGCAGCCUCCAGGAAAAGAAAUCUACCGGAGGAGCAACAUAUCAGUGUUUGAAGUGGAUGGACGAGACCACAAGAUCUACUGUCAGAAUCUCUGUCUACUAGCGAAACUGUUUCUCGACCACAAGACGCUCUAUUUUGACGUGGAGCCGUUUAUCUUCUACAUCCUCACUGAAGUCAAUAAACAGGGAGCGCACAUAGUCGGCUACUUCUCCAAAGAGAAAGAGUCGCCGGACGGGAACAACGUGGCGUGUAUCCUCACGCUGCCGCCGUACCAGCGCAGAGGCUACGGGAAGUUUCUCAUAGCUUUCAGCUAUGAGCUGUCUAAGCUGGAGAGCACCGUCGGUUCUCCUGAGAAGCCUCUGUCUGACCUCGGGAAGUUGAGCUACCGAAGCUACUGGUCCUGGGUUCUGUUGGAGAUCCUCAGGGACUUCAGAGGAACGCUGUCCAUCAAAGACCUCAGCCAGAUGACCAGCAUCACGCAGAGCGACAUCAUCAGCACGCUGCAGUCGCUCAACAUGGUGAAGUACUGGAAAGGUCAACACGUGAUCUGUGUGACGCCCAAACUGGUGGAGGAGCAUCUGAAGAGCGCCCAGUACAAGAAACCCCCGAUCACAGUCGACACCAUGUGCUUGAAGUGGGCGCCUCCAAAAAACAAACAAGUCAAGUUGUCGAAGAAGUGAAGAACGGAUCCAGGACCCGAGUCCGUCAGCGAGCCGGGUCAUCGGACACCUUCCACUCCUCAACCGACCAAACCCCCGAACCCGCUGUAAUAAAACCCUCUGUAUAUAAUUAUUAGUAGCAUCUGUCUGUAUUUUCUUAAAAUAUAUGUUAAAAAACAAA